AGUUCCAUUAUUUUAUUGUCAUCAUGGCGGUGAAUCUGACUGAAUUGUCUCUACCUCAAUUAGAGAGCUUGAAAACUCAACUUGAUCAGGAAACAGAGUUCCUGUCAUCCUCCAUAGGUCAGUUGAAAGUCGUCCAAACAAAAUACGUGGAGGCUAAAGACAGUUUGAAUGUGCUCAACAAGAAUAAUGAAGGAAAAGAACUACUUAUCCCUCUCACCAGUUCUAUGUAUGUACCUGGAAAACUGCAUGACGUAGACCAUGUCUUCGUGGAUGUUGGAACAGGUUACUUUGUAGAGAAGAAUGUGGAGGAUGGAAAAGCGUUCUUUAAACGCAAAAUUGACUUCCUUACAAAACAAAUUGAGAAAAUUCAGCCUGCUCUUCAAGAGAAACAUGCUAUGAAACAAGCUGUGGUUGAAGUUAUGAACAUGAAGCUCCAGCAACGGCACAGCCAACAAGCAUCACAGUCUGGCACCACAAAAGCCUAAAAACAGUUAUAAGCAGAAUGACAAAAAAUUCAGGGGAGAUCCUGAGCAUUGACCCUAUAGAUUGGUCCAGUCUGCACAAUUAAAACAGAAUAUCACUGCUUUGAUAUCAACAUGUCGUUCACUGCUCCAUGGAGGAAGAAUGUCCAGCACCUUGCCUGCAUUAAACAACUAUUCACUUUUUCUGUUCCAUGUUUUCAUUCUCAUGUUUAGUGAAUGAAUGAACCACUGGGUAUGGCCUGUGGCUCUAUCCAUAAACCCUUUUGAAGAGUGGUAUUAAUGUUUCUGGAUAAUUAACUUGUCACAAUGUGCUAGAUGGUAAACACUUGGCAAUGUUUAAAAAGGGUUCAAUUUAAGUUAAGCUCAAGCAACAGCAUUUGUGGUGUUAUGUUGAUUACCACAAAAAUGUAUUUCAACUCCUUCCCCUUAUUUUUAUUUUUU